AUGCCAACCACCAAACAGACCCGAGCAGGCAAGGUCGGCCCUGCUGUGGAGAACGUUGACCCUGAGAAGGAGGAGAACAGUCAUGCUAAAAGGUCUUCAUCCUCACCCCAAGGGGGGCGCAAGAAGAGGUCAGCAUUCGGAGACAUCACGAAUGCUUGCAAGAACCAGGUGGUGGCAGGGAAGAAGGAGGCCUUGAAAGUGGCACCACAGAAGGCACAGAAGGCACCUGGUGCCCUGGAGGUGGCCAAGAACAAUGAGGUCAACCUGAAAAAAUCAAUGAAGAAAACUCCCCCAGCAGCUCCUGCAGAGUCCAAGGUGGAUCCUGUACCAGAGAAAGUGGUGCCUGUGCAGGAAACAAAGACCCCUGAGGAGAAGCAAUUACCAGCAGUGGAGGACAUCGACAAGGAGCAGCUGGGUGACCCCUAUGCCAAUGCAGAGUAUGCCAAGGACAUCUUUGAAUACAUGCGUGAAAGAGAGGAGAAAUUCUUUCUUCCUGACUACAUGGAAAAGCAGCCAGACAUCAGUGCAGACAUGCGUGCCAUCCUUGUGGACUGGAUGGUAGAGGUGCAGGAGAACUUCGAGCUGAACCAUGAGACUUUGUACCUGGCUGUGAAGCUGGUGGACCACUACCUGGUGAGGGUGGUGAGCAUGAGGGAGAAGCUGCAGCUCAUCGGCUCCACUGCCAUCCUCAUUGCCUCCAAAUUUGAGGAGCGGUGCCCACCAUGUGUGGAUGACUUCCUCUACAUCUGUGAUGAUGCCUACAAGCGGGAGGAGCUCAUUGCCAUGGAGAUGAGCAUUCUCAGCACUCUCAACUUCGACAUCAACAUCCCCAUCUCAUACCGCUUCCUGCGGCGCUUCGCCAAGUGCGCCCGUGCCAGCAUAGAGACGCUGACGCUGGCUCGCUUCCUCUGCGAGAUGACCCUGCAGGAGUACGACUAUGCCCGCGAGAGACCCUCAAAGCUGGCUGCCAGCUGCCUGCUUCUGGCACUCACCAUGAAGAACCUCGGGGGCUGGACCCCUACACUGGAGUACUACAGUGGGUACAGUGCCCAGGACCUGCAUUCCCUGGUGAAGAGGCUGAAUUUCCUGCUCACAUACCAGCCCCGGGACAAGUUGAAUGCUGUGCGCAGCAAGUACUCACACAGGGUCUUCUUUGAGGUUGCCAAAGUCACCCCCAUGGACAUGCUCAAGCUCGAGGAAGCACUUACUAGCUGCUAG